GCCGAGUGGAGUCUGGGGAUCGAUACAUCCUCUUCUUUCUUUGGUUGUGUGUGUGUGUGUGUGUGAUGGUUUCUGAAUGAAUCAUCGUUGCAGAUAUUGAAGUCUUCAAUUUCUUUGAGAUUCAACUUUGGUGAAGCUUUUUUUCGUUUAAUUUUCUUUUGGGGUCUCGUUGUUGCAGACGAAGUCAAAACCAUUUGGGUCUAUUUGUGCUGUUUCAUCACAAGCGAUGGGGAGGGUAUUUCUUGUGGAACUUGAUGGUAGAGUUUACAAAUGCAAGUUCUGUCGAAGCCACUUAGCCCUCGCCGAUGACCUCGUCUCCAAGGCUUUCCAUUGCCGCCGGGGGAAGGCAUACCUUUUCAAUACUGCGGUGAAUAUCAUAAUAGGAGCAAAAGAAGAGAGAAUGAUGCUCUAUGGAAUGCAUACUGUAGCUGAUGUAUUCUGCUGCUGCUGUGGACAGAUAGUUGGCUGGAAAUAUGAGGUGGCACAUGAUAAAAAUGAGAAGUACAAGGAAGGGAAAUUUGUUUUGGAAAGGGGGAGGAUAAUUGAUGGAAUUGACUCAGAAUUCUACGUGGAUACCUGCCCUACCAUGAGCGAUGGUGAAGAUGCUUAGCAACUAUUAACACUUCUGUACAAAUUUUUGUAUUAGAUAGCAGUGAAACGAAGUGUAGUAUGUCUAUAGAUAAUAAAGCUUGUUUGUUCCUUAUAUUUAUUUUUUCUGAUCUUGGAUUCAAUGUGAAGCUGGGUGGAUGUACGGUCAUUCUUGACCCGAAUUUUGGAUUUGGUCCAUCUUAAGCAAUGGUGCGUAUAUCAUA